AUGGCUCACGAAAACGUUUGGUUCUCCCACCCAAGAAGAUACGGUAAAGGUUCCCGUCAAUGUCGUGUUUGUUCUUCUCAUACUGGUUUAGUCAGAAAGUAUGACUUGAACAUCUGUCGUCAAUGUUUCAGAGAAAGGGCUAACGACAUUGGUUUCUACAAAUACAGAUAA